GGACUUGGCGGCUCGGGGGGGGGCGUGGCCGGCGGCGCUGCGAGCGGCUCUCGUUGUGCGCGCUGCGGAGCCGUUACCCCGCCGCUGCACGGCCCUGCCGAGCCCCGCAGAUAUAUUAUAAAAUGUCUAAUGGUUAUGAAGAUCACAUGGCUGAAGAUUGCAGGGAUGAUAUUGGUAGAACAAAUUUAAUUGUGAACUACCUCCCUCAGAACAUGACGCAAGAUGAGUUGCGGAGUCUAUUUAGCAGUAUUGGCGAAGUCGAAUCUGCAAAACUUAUUCGGGACAAAGUUGCAGGACACAGCUUAGGCUAUGGCUUUGUGAACUACGUUACUGCAAAAGAUGCUGAACGAGCAAUAAACACGCUGAAUGGCCUCAGACUUCAGUCAAAAACUAUCAAGGUUUCCUAUGCUCGUCCAAGUUCUGAAGUUAUCAAGGAUGCUAAUUUAUAUAUUAGUGGACUACCGAGGUCAAUGACACAAAAAGAUGUAGAAGAUAUGUUUUCACGUUUUGGACGCAUCAUCAACUCACGUGUGCUUGUGGAUCAAACCACAGGUUUGUCCAGAGGGGUCGCAUUUAUCCGGUUUGACAAAAGGUCAGAAGCAGAAGAGGCAAUUACAAAUUUCAAUGGUCACAAACCCCCAGGUUCCUCCGAACCCAUUACAGUGAAGUUUGCAGCCAAUCCUAACCAGAACAAAAAUGUGGCACUGUUAUCGCAGCUGUGUCAUUCACCAGCUAGACGGUUUGGAGGGCCAGUUCAUCACCAGGCGCAAAGAUUCAGGGCAACGAGGUACUGUGUGUCCGCUGCUCUUUGCCAGGCUGGGUCCGGGCCGUUACCCCAGGCUGCUGCGAGAUCUCCUGGCUCCCGUCUUGUGCAGGCUGUUAGUCCAGGGUUCUCUCCUAUGGGUGUAGAUCACAUGAGUGGGCUUUCUGGUGUAAAUGUUCCAGGAAACGCAUCUUCUGGCUGGUGUAUCUUCAUCUACAACCUUGGUCAAGAUGCUGAUGAGGGAAUCCUCUGGCAGAUGUUUGGCCCCUUUGGUGCGGUUACCAAUGUGAAAGUUAUUCGAGAUUUCAACACCAACAAGUGCAAAGGUUUUGGUUUUGUGACCAUGACAAACUAUGAAGAAGCUGCAAUGGCCAUAGCAAGUCUUAAUGGCUACCGCCUGGGGGACAAAAUCUUACAGGUUUCCUUCAAAACCAACAAGUCCCACAAAUAACUUGCUCGUGCUUUUUGUAUGGAAUAGAUAAUUGAGUGACAGAAGUUGAAACAUUUUUGUUAGUGUAAAACUCAUUUUGCGCCAAUUUUCACAAGUGUUUGUCUUAGUCUAAAUGAGAAGUGAAAAAGGUUUUAUAUUCUGGGAUGCAACUGACAUGUUCAAAUGUUUGAAAUCCCACAAUGUUAGACCAAUUUUAAGUUACUUUAAGUUAUUUCAUUUAAAACAUGUUAAAAAAAAAAAAAUCCCCUGAAAUCUUAAGUAGAUUGCAUUUAACUAGACCCUCUGGAUGGUGGUAAAAUUGAAGCAUGCUUUCACUUAUGAGACUAACAUUUGUUCCAUUGAAUGUUGUCUGCAAAAACUGGAAUCUUUUUAAACCUAUCAGGCUGAAUUAAUUAAUUUUUCUUGUUUUCAUGUUGUUCUUUUUCCUACCCGUUCCCCUGACCUUCUUUACCCCAGACUCACUAGUAUGGAAGAAAAGUUGAGAAAUACUAAUGUUUUAGUUGACAGUAAAUUUGCUUUAUCAAUUAAUAUUCAUUGCUACAUAUAGUUGAGGAUUAGGCUUUAUAAAGUCAAGGUCUUGUAAGUAGUAGCAUGCCAGCAUAACUUUUAACACCAUUGAUGAGGUAAGUUGCACACUGAGCAGCGGCCAAGUUGUCAAAUUCAAAGGUUUUAGAAACAUUACUUUUAAAGCCCACUUUCUAAUAGGAAUGGACCAAAGAGUUUCAAAGAAACUCCGGGAAGAUUUCAGAGUCAAAAUGAAACUCCAAAAAAGUGUGAAUAUAUGUUGCUACUUUAUCAAACUGAAUCUCUUCUGUCCAAAUAUUUAAUGCAUGGUGCACUACUUACUGGUACAUUAUAAUGCAGCAAGAUACUCAUUUUCAAAGAUCAUUAUAGUCUGAAUUCCUUUGGUAGUUCUGUUUUGUAAAGAAAAAAACAUUUAUAAACAUUUGAGCAUUGUAUUUCUCGCAUCCCUUCUAAUGAGUGCUAGAUUUUUCUAUUUUAAUAGGAUUUUGUUUUGACAACUAGCUUUACUUAUUGAACACUCAGCAGAAAAGUACUUACGACUUGCAAGUUAGAUAUUAACAAAAAAACCCUUUGAUUUGUAGAUUUAAAGAUUAAUCCCCCAAGUUUUCUGCAGACUGCCUUGAAACUUUGAGUUGUUCUGUUUCUGUUAAUUUUCUUUUGCUUUUUUGUGUUUUUUGUUUGUUUUUACUUUUGCAUUUAAGAACAUUAAAUUUGAUUUUGUUUUGCUCAAA